AGAUAGGAGUGAGCAAGUGAGAGAAGAGACAGUGUCUCUCUCUGUCUCUGUGAGAUUCAAAAAAAAAAAAAAAAAAAGGAAAAAAAUCAAAACAGAAGCGAGCAAAGAGGAGGGAGAGGAUCUUCUUCCCUCUUCUUCUUUCUCUUAUCUACUUAAAAAUCUCAACUUUGCUUUCCAAAAUCCCUAAUCUUUUCAAACCCUAAAUCUAAGUUUUUUUUUGUUUUUCCAACUCUGGGGGGAAGAAGGUAGAAAGGUUUCACCUUUUUUGUUUUGUUUUGAAGUAACCAUGGAUUCCGGUGACCCGACAGCUUUGCUUUUGACGAAAAUUCGAAGCUUGGAGCCAGACUAUGCUCCCAAGAUUAUUGGGUAUUUGCUUUUACAGGAUUUUGGGGAGAGAGACUUGAUGCAUCUGGCUCGCGGUCCUGAAUCUAUCUUGCAAUCUAUCAUUAUCAGAGUCAAGAGCCAGUUGGGACUUUUCUCGUCUUCUUCUCCUUCUUCGACUACUCCUACGUCUCCUUCUCCGUUGAACCCUAUUUCUCGCCCACCCAUUAACGGAAGACUAACCUCUCACUCCAAUGGCUUUAUGGAUUUCCGUAGAAAUUCUCCUUCUUCUUCUCCUUCUUCAGCCUCUCCUUGGUCACUCAACACCUCUGCUAAUGGGAACACCAACCCCCACAUUUCACCCAGACAUACUCCGAUCUCGAAACCCUUGAGCCCUCACCAGAACAAUGCUACAGAUUCUGCCCCUGACGCUGGUGCUAGUGCUGAUUUACUGGAUGAUCAGCAGCUAAGUGAUUACCUCUCGUUUCUCGACGAUUCCUCUUCUAAAACCGAGGAUGCUUUGGAUCCUAGGAUUCCUUUCGACUACCCCGUCGAUAAUGGCGAAACCCAUCUGCACAGGAGAAGUUUCUCCGCAGAUGCGUCUUUUGGGUCCGGAGAUGAUGGAUUUGGUGCUGGAUGCAAACCAUGUGUGUAUUUUACUCGAGGUUUGUGCAAGAACGGAGACAGCUGCAAGUUCAUCCACGGAGGAUAUCCGGAUAACGUUGAUGGUAAUGGCAUUGUCGCUGAUUCACCUAGGAAGAUGGAAAACUUUGUGAGGCAGCACGAGGAGAUGAUGAGGUUGAAAUUGGCUUAUCAGCAGCAGAGGUUGGCUUCUCAAAUCCUGGGUAGGGCUCCUCAGUUACCAUACGAGAAAAGAAUUGAUUUUCUCUUGCAACAGCAUGCUCAAAGAGAUGGUGGACUACCUUUUGGUGAUGAAAGGUAUUGGAGCAGCAGCCCAGGACGGCUUGAGAGGAUGGAGCUAAUGGCAAUGCAUUUUGGUGAUCAGUCAAACUCGGCAUCUAGACAGAUUUACUUGACAUUCCCAGCUGACAGCACAUUUAAGGAUGAGGACGUUGCAACUUAUUUCAGCCUUUUUGGAACAGUGCAAGAUGUGCGGAUCCCUUACCAGCAGAAGCGUAUGUUUGGCUUUGUUUCAUUUGCCCAUCCUGAGACUGUGAAGGUUGUACUAGCUAGAGGGAAUCCCCAUUUCAUUUGCGACUCACGUGUUCUUGUCAAACCUUACAAAGAAAAAGGAAAAGUCUUGGACAAGAAGCAGCAGCAAAUGCUACAACAGCAGAUUGAGAGGGGAAACUACUCCCCGUGCUCCAGUCCAUCUGGGAUUGAUCCUAGAGAACAGUCUGAUUUCCACUUUGGUUCGAAGAUAUUGUAUGAGAGACGUGAAAUGAUGAGAAGGAAAAUGGAGCAGACUGAUCUCCUGAGGGCUAUUGAACUUGAAAGAAGACGUUUCAUUAAUUUGCAGCUUCCUGAGUUCAAGAAUAGUAUAACACCGAAUCACCACCGUAGCUUUUCUGUGGGGUCUCCUGGCUAUUUUUCAUCUGCCAUCAACCAAAGCCCUGAUUAUCAAUCUGAACUCACAGGUGCAGACGUUUUAGAAGUAGUUGAUGAUACCUCUGAGCUGCAUCCUUACCAAGUAAUCAACCCAAUGACUGUUAACAAUAAUCACUCAAACGGUGCAAAAGAAGGGACUAAGAAGAGUGAAAUGCUGGAACCUGACACUGGAAGCACUAUCGAGCUUGUUCUUCCUAGUAACCUUUUCCGUUAUGCAUCAUCUACCGAUGAUCACAAAACCAAUGACUCUGCUGAAACUAAUGCAAAAGUUGGAUUCUCCUCUACUGAUGCAAAUGACCAUGGACCACCAGCCACGACCAAUAAUCUUAUUCAGUAGGCUAUUUUACCUCAUAAAUGCCAAGGGUUUUUUUUUUCUUAUGGAUAAGAUGAGGCUACCAAAGUGUAUGUAAUAAAGACAAAGUAAACAAGCAUACACAUGGAAGUAGGAUGAUGUAUAUGUAUAGCUAAGUUAUAUAUAUAUAUAUAUAUAUAAUAUGGAGAACAGAAAGAACGUAGGAGAAUGAUUAUAUAGUAUGAAGAUCACAAGUUUCCUCAGGUGAUACUAUACUACUAACAAACGGAUGGUUAAGACAUACUUGAAAGACAGAUCUAUUUUCAGAACUUUCUUUUUCUGCUUAGUUUCUCUUUGCUUCUAGUAUUGGUUGCUCAUGUGGUUGUUCCGGUUUGUGUGCCACAAGAGUCUCUUAUGUAUUGAGAAGAGUAGAGAGCUCUGUAACGUUAUAUUAAGCCGUUUCUUAUAUAUAAGUAUUUACGGAUCCUCCUUUGUGCA